GGGCAGGAUGGUGGUGUGCGGCCUCGCCUGCUGGAGGUGCAGGUGGCUCCUGCCCCUGCUGCUGGGCCUGGCCAUCAUCAUGGGCAUCAUCGCCCUGGCGGGCAGGGGCUGGCUGGAGUCGGAGUCGGAGCCCUACGUGCAGCAGGCGUCGUUAUGGGAGAGCUGCACGCGGGGCGAGCAGGACCUCAACUGGAGCUGCCUGUCCCUCAUGGACUUUGGAUGGGGGAGAGCAGCAGCUGCCACAUACCUCGUUGGCUUUGUGAUCCUGGUCAUCUGUUUUGCCCUCGCAGUCAUUGCAUUCUCGAUCGAGAUACUUCGCUUCAACUUUGUGCGAGGAAUUGGAGGCCUGCUCUUUGUUGUUGCUGCAUUCCAGAUCAUAGGCUUGGUCAUCUACCCAGUGAAAUUCACUGAAGAAAUUCCACUGAUGGGAGAUAACAUGUUCAGCUGGGCCUAUGGCUUUGGCUGGGCCAGCACUGUUGUCGUAAUAGGUUGUGCUUUCUUCUUCUGCUGCCUCCCCAACUGGGAAGAUGAAGUCCUGGGAAACAUCAAGCCUACCUAUUACUACUCCUCCCCAGAGAGAGCACCAUACUUAAAUUGAAAGAUUAAAUCCAAGUACAAUCAACUGUCAAAACAACAGAGGAGCACCUCUGAUGUAAAUUUGGUGUGAUUAUAGGAGACUGGAAAAACCCACCUUAUUUCUCCAGAGUAUUUACU